AUGGGAAAAUUUGAAAUAACUUAUAAUAUAGAACCAAAUUAUUUACCUAAAAAAGAAAAAAGAGUAUAAAUAUAGAAGAAUAAUGAAUAAAAAAGCAAUCCUGAAUUGAUUGAAUCGAUAUAAGAUGAUAAAUUUAUAGUUUUUAAAGAUUUAAUUGAGAAAGGAGCUUCAAUUUAUAAAAUUCUUAAAGAGGAAAGAUAAAACGUUAGUUCCUCAUUUGGUAUAUAAAAAUAUGCUAGAAUAAAUUAUGCUGAAUAUUUAUAAAAUAAAAAUGUAGAUUGGGAAUGUGAAGAUAAUGAUGGUAUGACUCCUUUAUUUUAAGCUAUAAAAAGGGAAUCUAUAAAAAUGAUAGAAUAUUUACUUAAAUAAAAAGUAAAUUUAGAACACUAAGAUAAUUAAAACAGAACUCCAUUUUAUUAUGCAUGUUCAUUUGGUUAAUUAUUUAUAAUAGGAUUCUUAUUAGAAAGAGGUGCAAAUAUAAAUCUAGAAUAGCUUUGGGAAGAACUCCAUUUUCAAAAGCAAGUUUUUUAGGAUUAUAUAAUGUGGUUGAAUAUCUACUUUAAUAACCUAAUAUAGACGAUAAUUAUGCAGAUAAAUUAGGAAGAAAUGCAUUACAUAAUGCAGUAUUUGAUCCUAAAGGUAGUAGAGAUGGAAGAUAAAUUGGGACUUCCUUUAAUUGCUUAAUUAUUAUUAGAGCAUAGAAUUGAUGUGGAAUCUAAAGAUAAAGAUGAAAAUACUCCAUUAUAUGAACCAGCAUCAAGUGAAGCAUUAAGUUCAAUUCCUAUUUUAAUAGCAUUUGGUUGUGAUAUAAAUAGUAGGAAUAAAUUUGGAGAAACUGCUUUAAUUGUUGCUGCUAAAUUUAAUCAUUAUGAAACUGCUAAAUUAUUAAUAGAAAAUUAAGCAGAUUUUCUUUUAGAAAAUGAAGGAUUCACAGCUAUGGAAAUUGCAGUAAAAAUGAUCAAUUUGAAACAUUUCAAUAUUUAUUAGAUUAAAUGA